AUGACAAAAGAUCCAAUUCCUUUAAUGACACCUGGCGAAGAGCUUCCACAAGUAAUUCUUGACACAAAGGCUCGUCAUACAAUCACUUGGAAAUCAGCAAUUCUUCUUUACGACAACACAUUUGACCGUGACAUGAUAAGUCGUUGUGUUAUUGCUUUAUCAAGAAAUUUCCCAGAUGACUCAAAUGAGGUUCAACCUCUGUCUGUCUCAAUUUACCGUAUUCGAGAAACAACACUUGACUGGAAUCGAAGAAAAUUUAUAAGAAAUUUGCUAAAGUCUCUUCCAACAAAAUUCAUUGGCACAAAUUUCUUAAUUCUGGUGACGACUGAUUUGAUGCAAACAAUCAUGGAAAUAGCAAGAGAUUUAAAAAUGGUUGACACUUUUUCACAGUGGUUCUAUAUUGUCUCUGAUACAAACUACUUACACAACAAUAUCACAUCCAUUACGUCUCUAAUCGAUGAGGGCAAUAAUAUUGCUUUCAUUUACAAUUUUACAAGAUUCGAUGACGAUUGUGUUUUUGGAGUUAAGUGUCAUUGCAAUGAAGUAUUGCGUGCAUUUGUUUUGGGACUAUCGAAGGCAAUUCGUGAGGAAAUGGCAAUUUAUGGUCAAAUUUCUGAUGAGGAAUGGGAAAUAAUUCGACCGUCAAAACGCGAACGACGUGACAAUAUUCUCAAUUCGAUGAUUGAGAAUCUUAAGAAAACAUCAAAAUGCAGUAAUUGUACAAUGUGGAAAGUCGAAACCGCUGAUGUGUGGGGAACACGAUAUAAAUCGACAGUUUUUUCUGGUCAAACUGCUCUAGAGAGAAAAAAUGUUCAGGAUUCAGUAUUUGAUUUUAAAUUAAUCCAUACCGGCAUGUGGAGACCAUUUGAAGGGUUAACUAUGGUUGAUGCUUUGUUUCCGCACAUUUCUCAUGGUUUUCGCGGAAGAAUUUUUCAUAUUGUUACUUAUCAUAACCCUCCAUGGCAGUACAUUCAAGCAAAUGGAACGGAAAUCACUGGAACACCACAUGGCGUCGUAAUUGAUAUCCUGAAUGAGAUGUCGAAAAAAUUGAAUUUCACAUAUGUUUUACAUAUGACAUCCACAUCUUCGGAUUUAAAUGUGACUGAUGAAAUGACUAAUAUGACUACGACCAAAGGUAUUCGUCUUCUGACUUCAGAUAUACCGACCGAAGUAGUAAAUUUACUAAACGAUAAUCGUAUUAUUUUCGGUGCUGUAGCAAGUACAGUCAAUGAGAGAUAUAAGAAGUUGAUAAAUUUCUCCAUUCCUAUAAGCAUUCAACCAUAUAGCUUUAUUGUAGCAAAACCCAAGGAAAUCAGCAGAAUUUAUUUAUUUACGGCUCCGUACACACACGGGACAUGGCUUUGUCUAGCAGCGAUGAUUGCAAUUUUACCUCCAAUAUUAUGCGUUGUUAACCGGUUAAGUCCAUUUUAUGAAUUUCAUAACAAGUGUACCAAAAAGGGGUUGUUUAAGUUUAGCAACUGUUUCUGGUAUAUUUAUGGAGCACUUUUGCAACAAGGUGGACUUUAUCUACCUCAAGCUGAUUCAGGUCGUUUGAUUAUAGGUACUUGGUGGCUCAUCGUUAUAGUUCUUGUGACAACAUACUGUGGUAAUCUGGUCGCAUUUUUGACAUUCCCUCGAGUCGAUAUUAAUGUUAAAACAGUUGGUCAGCUUGUAUCGCAAAAUAGCUUAUCAUGGGGAAUGAGAAGCGGAACAUAUUUAGAAGAAUACAUUCGCGAUUCACAAGACCUCCCAAAAUAUACAAGACUUUAUAAAGGUGGAAAAUUUUACUUGGACGAAGAUGAAAAUAUAAUUGAUGAUGUUCGGAAAGGUCAUCAUGCUUAUAUUGACUGGAGAUCAAACCUUCAAUACAUCAUGAGAAGAGAAUAUUUGGCGACUGGAACUUGUGACUUUGCAUUAAGCACUGAUGAAUUUAUGGAUGAACAAAUUGCCAUAGUUCUUCCUUAUAACUCUCCAUAUCUUGAACUUUUUAACCAAGAACUUACCAGACUUCAUCAAAUGGGACUAAUUCAAAGAUGGAUAAAAGAAUAUUUACCUCGAAAGGAUCGUUGUACCAAACAAUCAAGUAUAAUUGAGGUUCUGAAUCAUAUUGUGACUACAGAUGAUAUGCAAGGCUCAUUUUUGGUCUUAAUUCUUGGAUUUCUUGCUGGUUUUUUCUUUUUCUUUAUUGAGUGCAUUUGCAAGUGGUGGCAAAGGAGAAAAAAUAGAGACAUAAUUCAACCAUUUGUAGAAUAAUUUAUAAAAUUGCCAAGGAAAAAGUAAUCAAAUUAUUAUGUAAUAAAAUGUCAACCAUUUUUUGAUGUUUUAUUUUUAGUUUUGUCUGUUUUUAAAAACAUCACAUGUGAGCAAAAAUGCCUG